AUGCCACCACUGUCUGUAUCUCCAUCUUUCCUGCUGACAACCCCGGCCGUCAUAAGGCCUGUCCAAGCCGAUCCCAUACCGUUGUCCCCGAGUUUGGCUGCUCGAGGGUGGCGGCUCUCUUACCCACGGCCGAACCGAAGAGGCACCGAGCCCGUCACCACUUCCUUUUUCCGUCAGGCACAGUCAGGCGAAUGUGGGUCCCACCUAGGGGAAAAACAACCAUUGACCACCGCUGGCGAUAUGGAGUUGGGAUGGAAAGAACCGAAGGACUCCGUCCAAAGGACUGCACAUCCGUUAGGACCCUUAGAAAAACGCACCACGAACCUGAGGUUUCAGCCCGACUAUUGUCGCCGUCGGCUAAUUGCCGGAAACGUAAAGGAUAUCUAG